AUCUGAUCUGAUAAGGCAGAGCCAAUCGGACGGGCCUGGCGAGUCCGUCAAUGUCGUCACUUGGGACCCUGAAUCCGCUCCAUCCCUUUCUUCUCCCUCUCCUUCUUCUUCUCCUUUAAACCCCCCCCUUGCCUCCUCGCCCGUCUCAGCGCACACCACUCACCUAAUUCUCUCGAACCCCCGCGAGAACCGACUCGUCGCCACGCGCUGGCGCACUGGAGAACGAGAGCCACAAGCCAAAAAAAAGGAAGAAAAAAAAAGGAGGGCAGGACGCGGAGCUCAGGACAGGCAGCCAGACUUCGCGCGCGGCGGUUCGGGAUGAGGCAUGCUGCUGCUCCGCCGCGCCGCACCCACCCGCCGCCAGCAGCACGGGGCGCGCCGCGGGUGCUGGGGCCCUAUGCUCUGGGCCCCUCGCGCCUGGCCGCCGCCGCUCAGCCGCGCCCUGGCCGGCCCCGUCGGCGUCGCGGCGGCAGCGGCGGCGGCGCCGCGCCGGCUCUUCGGCGGCACGGCGGGGCUGCGCGAUGAGCAGCACGUCGACGGCGCGCAGAACCACUACGAGGCGCUGCGGCUGCGCCCGGGGGCCACGCCGGCCGAGAUCAAGAAGUCUUUCUACGCCCUCUCCAAGGCCCACCACCCGGACCACAACGCGGCGGACCGCCACGGCGCGUCGCGGCGCUUCGUGCGCAUCAGCGAGGCGUACUCGGUGCUCUCGAUCCCGGCGAAGCGCGCCGACUACGACCGGCUGCACGCGUUCCCGUCGCCGUCCGCGCAGCACCAUCCUCACCACCCUCACCACCACCACUCCCACCACCACUCCAAGCCCCCCUCCUACUCGAGCACCGUCGCCGCCGCCACCAACCCCGCCGGCGGCCGCCCCCCCUCCGGCCUCAGCCGCCGCCGCGCCGCCUUCCGCGGCCCCCCGCCCAGCUUCUACCGCAGCGGCGGGUGGGGCGCGCAGGCGGCGAAGCGGCGCGCCGCGCAUGAGAGCAGCGGCAGCAGCAGCAGCGCCGGCGCUCCUCCCCCUCCUCCUCCUCCGCCGCCGCCGCCGCCGGGGAGCUCCGCGUCUCCCUUCUCGCCGCCCGACCGCGUCCCGCACUUCGACCGCGAGAGCCACGAGCGCACGGGCCAGAACCAGCAGCGCCGGCGCGCGGCGGCCGCGGCGGCCGCGUCGUCGUCCUCCGCCGCCCGCCCCGCCGCCUCGACCCCCGACGACGACCAGCGCAGCCCCGUCGCCAUGUUCUUCGUCGUCGGCGGCGUGCUCGUCCUGAGCACCUUCCUGGGCCCGCUCGUGGCCGGCGACUACCACCGCGAGGGCAGCAGCAGCGGCAGCAGCGCUGGCGCUGGUAGGGCCCCCAGCAGCCGCGGUUCCGGCGCCGACGGCGCCGACCGCCGGAAGCAGAAACCGCAGCAGAAACCGCAGCGUGAGAAACCGCAGGGCAAGACCGCAGGCGGCAGCGGCAGCGGCAGCGGCGAGAGUCCCCCGCCGCCGCCGCCGCCGGAGUGAUAGACUCUGAGGGCGCCCUCUCGGGAAACUA